AUGGAUACAUUUAAUAUCCCCCCGGAGGGGCUUGUAUUGAGGCGGGACACCAAAUCCAACCCACAGGGUAAACAGACGAAAGAGCCCACCCAGGUGAUCCGGUUAGACUUGAUUGAGUCCGUGACCAAGGACAUCCUUCAGUCUUUGAAAAAUAACGAGCAAGUUCGGCUCCGAUAUGGCAAAAAACCAGUGGUGCAGUUCGGCAAGAAAACAGUCACCCUCGAAUGCAACGUUGACGCAUUUCCCACGGAGAUCUACUCCAAGUCCCACGAUGAUACGGCCCCUCUAUAUUUCACCGGCAAGUCAAGCCAUAGGCUCGAGGUCAAGAAAGCUGAGAAGGAUACUGCAAAAGCGGACGAGGCCUUGGCUACCCUAGAGAGCACCCUCAAAUCUCUACAGGAAGAACGAGCGUCGAAUGAGACAAGCUUGAAAGAGGACCUGAAGCAGGGACUACGGAAAGAUGCGAAGCCAUCGCCCUUGUUGGGACAAGGUUCUGCUUUAAGGAAAGACCAUUUGUUAGGGCCUUUGAGCAGAUCUACACCAGGGAGCCCUUUCCUCAAUGCCUCGUAUUCUCCGCGGCUAGGCCCUACCUCGGCCCCCCUGUCCUCUAGGAUGUCGACCAAAGAUCAAAUCCGACUCGAUGCUAUCCGCAUACCCCUCGUGCAUCUUCUUGCCGUCCGGCCAAUGACUCCGAAAGCGAUCUGCGAUCAACUGCAUGCUACCAGGGAUGACAUGGACAGACUGCUCGAUAAGGUGUCAUGGGAGUCGAAAGCAGAGGAAGGGAAAAGAGAGCUGAAGGAAAAGAGUUUCCGUGAACUGGAUGUCUGGAAAUUCCCGUAUCGGUCGCAGGAGGACAGACAAGCAGCUAUUGAUCAUGCCAUUACAGCAUAUGACAGGAUGAGAGUAGAGAAAAAAGACCCUCUCUGGCAGCUCUUACUUCCUAUCGAGGAGCGGGGCAAGGGCAAGAUCUUGUCAAAGCUGAACUUCGACAAACCAGUAUCCAGUCACGCCACCCCUCGGCCUGACCGUCCGAACGAGGACGGCAACGAGAGUAAGAAUGAGGUGUCAGACCGAGAUUAUGUCAAGGCACGAGCAAAGAAAGACCGAGAGCCGGGGGGUGCAGAAAAGGCGCGCAAAGAGAAAGCCCCCGCUAAGGUUGCAGCGAAGGGCGAUCCAAGUGGUACUGUCAAAGGUAGAGACAAGGAUUCCGCGCACCUGAAAUCUGCUAAGCCAGAUGCCAAAUUCAAGUCCUCUGAACGCAUUGAGGACUCUGAUGAAGAAGCCGAAGCUGCUUCGGAAGUUGUCGCCAAGCCAAAGAAGCCCGAUGCAGGAACCGUGAAGUCGACGUCCACGGUGAAGAGAAAACCAGAAGCCGGUCCUUUGAAAUCAGCCAAGUCGCCUUUGACCACCGCCUCUCCCAAAAAGACUGCCCACAAAUCCUCGCUUUCGAGCUCAUCGUCAGCCAGUGGUAGUAACAGCGCGAGUGAUAAGCCUCGUUCUGCGGUCACAGGCUCGUCCAAGUCAUUGAAACCUCAAAAUCAUCAAAAACUGGAAAGUACGGCUUCUCGCAUCUCCCCACGGCCUCGAAACGACAGUUCACCGCAGAAGCCAUCACCUCUUGGCUCUUCACCUCCCACCACCUCGACCGAUCUAGAUAACUCCAGCUCCAGCAAGGCAUCCAACCAUUCUUCCGCCCCAUCAUCUCCGCCGUCCAGCACCGACAUGCCCCAAACGAAGCAAGGCAACAAAUACUCUCCCGUCAUCUCGGACAAGAGUAGGAACGUAUCCAGGGGCAGAAGCCCUGGCUCAGGCGCUGUGAAGCGCAAGGCGGCUCCUCCCGACGAUGAGCGUCCCACUAAACGGCAGCAUCAGCAACAGACGUCCACUCCAAAUCACUCAACUCCUCUUACGAAUGGUGUCACUAAUCACCCCACCCUGAAGCGCCCCGCUGCUCCUGUCCGAACGGACUCUGAACGGUCCUCGAGCCCCGAGAAACCAGGACCGAAACGGGCAGAUGUGAUUGAGGAGGCAAGACGCUUUCAAAAGUAUUAUAAACGAUACAAAGAUCUCUACGACAAGAUAUCACAAAUGGAGGAAAAGGAGCGUGACGAUAAGGACAUGAGUGACCUGUGGAAGAUGCACAAGCGACUGAAAGAGAUGAAGGCCGAUAUUUGGGCAAAUUGGGGGAAACUCGAGAAGGUUGGCACGGCUGACCCUAAUGGAGCUGUUCGAGCGAUGCUUGCUGUUGCAUAA